GACCAUGAAAACAGAUGUGGCGCAGGCUUUUGCUUUCAUUUCACAUUUACAUGCUAUGUUUUUUUUUUAAUGAGGACCUUUUUCAUCAGAUUACAAUCCGUUGCUUCACUCAGUUUGAGGCCACUGCAGAACCUGGGUUUUCCUUGCAUUACAUUCGUCAAACAAACAUUACAUUAAAGUGUUAAGCACAGCGAGCAAGUGUGUUUUGCUUCUUUGUUUACAAAUCUUGCGAGCCCGGUGCGAGUCACGAUCGGAAAUAACACGGGGAAAUAUGCAACACUGAACGCACGCACGUUUGCGUAUAUUGUUUGACCAUGGUCAUUAUAAGUAUAAAUAUUUGUUAAAAAACAAGUAUCUUAGAUUUGUAUUCCAGACGUAGUGUCGAGAAUGAAGAUAUUUUUAGACAUUAUCCAGUAAUGAUCAACGCCGGGCCAUGCUCCAACAGAGCUAUAACCAACGCUUAUGUGUUAUUCAUAAACGUGACCGGGAAACGUGACUGUGCUAGCAAAUUUGGUAACACGACUCAGAGAGAAGCAAAAGAAGGAAAAGAACGUGAAAGACGUGAAGUUCAGAUCGGAAAUAAAGACACACGAACUCAAUUUUCUAGAAUACUUAGUACCGAGUCAACCACUGAAACACUUGACAUUUUUUGACCGCGUCAUUUUUGUUUAGCUUGGCCCGUCAAGCCGACUACGUGCGUGAGACUAAGGUUCCGGUAAUUUCUAUGGUCUUCUAUCGUCUGCGCAUUAUUAGCGAUCUCUUUCUUGCAUGGCUUUUUUUUUGGGCAAUCUUGAGGUGAAACACAAGUACACUGAAAAUAUUCUGUGGCAAUAACCGAAGAAUUUUUUUUUGUACUUAGUUGAAGUAAUGAAAAGUCGCUCUCUAGGGAGCUACAAUUGUAGUUUGUCGCUUCGGCACCUGCUAAACAGCACGAGCGUAUUUACACCGACAAGCUGAGGUAUUUCUUGAUUGUUAUACUCUUUAUGUCAAUGGAACUCUUGAUGUUGUGGAAUUUUCCGUAAUUAUUUUACUCCUGCGUCAUUGUCACAUGCGACUAGCCAGGGUUGUUGGCGUAUUAAAUCCGUGAUAAAUUUGCAUAGGAAUGCUGUGUUUCACAAGCAGGUAUUUUUCUCGUUGCGUAAUUACGGUCUAAAAUAAGUAAUCCGAAUAUAAAAGAAAUGGUUAUUUUCGCUUUCGCAAAGAGAGCAAAAAGAAACUUUCGAUAUUUCCAGGUCACCCCCAUCCACGAACAUUCGUUCAAAAUAACAACUUCCUUGUCAACAACCAAACCCCACGCAACUUGUUGAUGUCUCAUUCCCAAAAUACUCUGGCUUUCGCGCCAAAUUCCUCUGGGAUGAACUUUGGAAUAUGAGAACCCAGUGGAAUUGUUUCCUGCUGGUUAUGAUUGGCUAACCAAACAAUGAAUUGUUUGGCUGGCUGCUCUUGACCAAUCAUAUCUUUGUUGUUAUCACGUGCUAUGAUAAUGGGCCACAGCCAUGAAUGAAUGACUGCAUGUUAGCGCGCCACGACGACGGUUUAUUUUACUCUUUUGUUUUGGUUCAGAGACGGUGGUAGAUUCGUUUCCUCGUGCUAAGAAGACACGAAAACGAAAAUGUGGGACAGGAACAUCAUGAGUUCUUGCGAAGUGGUUAAAGAUCGCUUGUACUUUGUGAGUGUUAGCUGUAAACCGCGAAACAACGCAACAUAUCAUUAUUUUAGCGUGGAUCAUGACUGGACUCUCGAUGGUUGUAAAUUUCACGACACACCUUACUUCGGUCCGGCAAAUCUGGCUGGAAUAUACCGGUUCUGUUGCCUUGUGAACACUAAACUUCAUGUGAUCCCGGCCUCGAAGAAGAUUGUCCUUUACACAACAGCCAACGAGGGAUUUUCCGAGGCGAAAAAGCGAACACGCUCUGUCUUCCUGUGUGGCGCGUUCGCGAUGUGUCAACUCAAAAUGACCGCCGAAGAAAUUUAUGGCUUAUUAGAGCAACACUUUCCGCCAUCCACUCUGGUUCCUUACUGUGAUGUUAAUGGAAAUCUAUCUCAUAAUCUUAAUAUCUUGGAUUGCCUUAAAGGCUUUGAGAAGGCAACAGCACUGGGGUUCUUCUGCUUCGACGAAUUCGACUUGAAUAGAUACGAGCAAGAAGAGCGCGCUUUUGAUUUGAACUGGAUUGUACCCGGCAAAUUGUUAGCGCUGACUGAUCCUCAGAGAAGACCUGAAAUUAAGGCGAGUCGAUUCAGUCGACUGAGGAAAUAUUUCAGGCAGACUGGUGUCAAAGGAGUUGUAAGACUGAACAAGGACGAUAACAUGGUAAAAUACGGACUUAUUUAUGACGCACGUUGUUUUACCGCCAACGGAUUUACGCACAACGAUCUUUAUUAUGAAGAUGGCGGAAUUCCCACGAAAGCGAUCAUCAAGAAAUUUACAAGAGUCGUUGAACAGUGUGAUGGAGCCGUGGCCGUUCACUGCCGCGCUGGGUUGGGAAGAACAGGAACCCUGAUCGCUUGUUAUUUGAUCAGACAGUACCGAUUUACAGCUGCCGAGGCCGUGGCUUGGUUACGGAUCUGUAGACCUGGUAGCGUGUCCACUCUUCAACACUGCUUUUUGGAACAGAAACAAGAUCCGAUCAUGCGAGGAUACCCAGAGGAUAUGAAGAUUGAAGACCUGACCGAGGCUGUGAAGAAAAGUUUAAACAUAUUUUCCUACCAGAAUACAAUCAUCGAGGAGAACGAGAAGGAUGUGUAGACAUGAAUAUUCACGACGCUAAAUGUGUUGCCAUCUAAUUUUUCGUGCGUCUGGCCCAUGAGGCGGCGUGUGGCAGCUGAAAGAAUAUGAAAUGAGGAAGUCGCUGAGUAGCCAAUCAAAUCCUAGCAAAACUAGACAUUAUUCUUUUGAUCUAGCUGUCAAAUAUGCAACUUGCCUGGCUUAUUUGAACCUCAGUGGUGUAGAUUAAAACUGCUUUGAGAUGUUUUCAUCUUACAAACCUGUUUUACUUCGUUUCUGUAGAUCACGGAAAUGUUUCCUGGUCAGACACUACAUUCUAGGUUUUCUUGAAGUUUAUUUUAAAAAUACCUAAUUUACUGUCUUUCUAAACUAAAUGAAAGUGUUUAUACUGGAAGGUUCUGAUGAAUUAUGUUUUAAGAAUGGUCAUGAGCCUGGAAGUUGUAAAAUUACUUGAAUGUUAACACAGGAAUGCAGUAAUUUACUUGACAGCACAAAUGCGACUGAUAAUUCAGACCAGAAAACACCUCAUUUCAUUUCCAUCGCACUGUCAGCAACAGAUCACCUGAAAACAUGUCCGCGACAUUUCAGAUAAUAUCAGUCAUCAUUGUAAAUUUGUAAAAUAUGUCUUGCUGGCAAGAGAAAGAAAAAUGAAAAUAUUAUAUUUGUUAAAAAAUAGGAAUGGGAAAUUUUUAAUCAGUGGUUGAGGCUAGAUUCAAGUUGGAUUAAAUAUUAAUUAUUUAAGAAGUUUUAAGUUAAAUGUACAAAAUCAUCUUGCCACUGAUCAAAUGUCUCCUUGUAUUUGUAAGUUUUCUAUUAACUUUUUUCAAAGUUGAAAUUAUGAUAGAUUUGACAUUAUUUACAUAUUUAAGUCAUAAGAUGCAACAUUUAUAAAUUAAGAGUUAUAUUUUCAACUUGUAAAAGUGCAAUUAGCAGUGUCAUUCUGUUGAGGCGUAAUUUUCACUUCUGUCAUUGAAGCAUGUUAAAUGUCUUCCAAAGAAUAUGUAAAUGUUAAAACUCUUGCUCAAUACUGUUUGUAAGUGGUAAAUUGAAAUAGUCUUGCCCAUGGUGUAACUAAGUACUAGUAAGUAUGGGCUCCUUGUGUCGGCAAUAAUGCCAUUUGAACAAAAAACUUGACAAUAUACUUUAAUUGUAUGGAACUUGAAGAAAAUUGCGUAAUUAUUGAAUAAAAUUCAAUGCAAAAUGAG